ACAUCUGAUUGGCCAUGAUAGUCAUUGACGCAAUACAAUAGGACAUUUUUACCGUCAGGUUAUGCUGUCGGUGACACCAAUCCCACUGUGAAUGAAAUUAGCGAGAAGGUGGUACAUUACAAUAUAACACGAAGUUAACAGUCUUCCUGUAGUAGUGUUUUUAAGAGAUACAUAAGUUUUAAACUUGAAUAACAUUAUAGCAUUUCCGGUGCCUGCCUGUCUAUCUCUCAACUAUAUAGUAAAUUGACUAGAUUGAAAAACUUAAAGAUUAGCUAGCUGCUGGUGACAUGGCUGUAACAGUUGAUCACAUCCGGGAUAAACUCAUUAAGGAACUCGGAGCAGUGCAUGUGGAUGUGGAAGAUACAUCACCUAACAGAUGUGCUGCCAGUUUCAAAGUCCUGGUGGUAUCAUCCCAGUUUGAGGGCAAACCACUGUUACAAAGACACAGGAUGGUGAAUACGUGCCUAGCUGAGGAGCUGAAAGAGAUCCAUGCUUUCGAACAGAAGACCCUCACCCCAGAACAAUGGGAGAAGCAGAAGUCCCAGUGACGUGCGCAUGUGCAAAUUUACAUACACACUAUCACCCUCAGAUAACUUUAUAAUUUCUGCUAUAAAGCAGGACUUAUAUUUCUUGUAUAUGUAUAAAGCAGGCAAGCUGUAAAUCAGAUACCGGAGACAUUAAACCACUUUGAUGGUA